UCGACAAUGUAUCCUUCGACGAUGUACCCUCUCAUUUCCCAACUAUUUCUCUCGACAAUGUAUCCCUCGACAAUGUACCCUCUCAUCUUUCGACUCUUUCUGUGGACCAUGUACCCUCGCAUUUCUUAACUCUUUGGCUAGAUCUCGACAAGAAUCCCCCCCAAUCAUCGAAAUGUCAGCCUCGACGCGCCGUAGUACACGACCACACUAUCGACGACCUAGUUUCAAAAAUGGUAGCUCUUUCUCUCGACAAUGUUUCCUCUCAGAAACAUCAGUCACAUCUGCACGACCACGCUAUCGACGCUCUAUUGCAAAAUUCAGAAGCUCUUGCUCUUGACGACGACAACGCUAUCGACGCUCUACUGCAAAACUCAGAAGCUCUUACUCUUGACGACGACUACACUAUCGACGCUAUAUUGCAAAAUUCAGAGGCUCUUACUCUUGACAAGACUCCCGCUAUCAACGCACUUUCUCUCGACGGCAACCACGCUAUCGACGCUCUACUGCACAAUUCAGAAGCGCUUACUCUCGAUAAUAACCACGCUAUUCAAGUCGACGCUCUACUGCACAAAUCAGACGCUCAUACUCACGACAAUGCCUCUCAAUCAUCGGAACCCAUGUUACAUGAUAACUCUGACGACCGUUCCAGUCACUGGCACUUGCGCCGCAAUUCCACUAACACUCUACUCCGAAACAUCGAAAUUAUCGAUCCUCGGAAUUUCAACCACGACACACCCUACACGACGAUGCUAUCGACACCAUACUUCGAAAUAUGGAACCUCCUAUUCUUGAUGAUAACUCCUCACAGUCGCUAAAACGUCAGCCGCAAUACACCCUAGAGCGACCACAGUAUCGACAUGCUACCAGCUGCUGGACGUCUGCGAAUAAAAAUAAAUGACGCAUCGUUCACAACGCAUCUGGUGUCAGGUCCCCUACGACCCAACACCUAGUGGCCUCCCUCGCUGUCCCCUACGACUUGGAGUCACAUUAUCCACGAGGUUGAAGGCCCUGCACAUACUGCGCGCCA